AUGUCUUCAGCCAAAGAAGCCGCCAAGGAGUAUAAGUUAACGCUCGAUGAAUUAGUGAACAACAAUAAAACACAAAUCAAUCUUUUAACAAUUCUGGCCGAGGAUUAUCAACAACAUGCAGCCUCUAUAGUAGAAACCAUAGAAAAGCAAAUUUAUACAGUGCCAAAAGCUCAAAAGUUACCGAUAUUGUAUGUUGCCGAUUCAAUAAUGAAGAACAUACCCAAUAGUGAUUACAAGGAUCUUUUUGCGAAAAUAGUCGUACGGGUCUUCAUUCAUGUCUUUCUAGAGGGUGAUGAAGUUGUGCGAGCAGCCAUGUACCGCCUUCGGCAAACAUGGGGUGACAUUUUCAAUCGAUCGAAGCUGUAUCAACUGGACAUCAAAAGCGAUGACGUGCCCAAGAAGGUUAAGUCUGAGGUUCCGAAGAGGGUACGGUUUAAAACUGAAAUGAAGGAGCCAAAGAAGGAGCUAAUCGACGAGCUUUUGGAUUUGCCUCCUGUGCGGCCCUGUGAUCGCACAAUUAAAACGGAGCCAGACGAGCCUACCCCUCCAGCCCACUCAAGCGCGCUUCCGCCUAAGAGAAAAGCCGGCUCAGUCGGAGGCCCUCAUAUCGAUACAAAACGGAAACGCUCUCCUCCUAAAUCACAUGAUGAAGACCUAAGUAAGGAUACCGUUGUGAAGCCGACUCCGAUUCUGGGCUCGCAUGCUUUCACCGUCCAGGCGAAGUCUUCAAUAGGUCGGGCUCAGCAACAACUACCUCUGCCAGGACGAUCGCCGCCACCAUUAUCCUCAAGUGGACAUUCAUCAAGCUGUCCACAACUUCAAGCAUCUGCUUCAAGCCUCCCCAUGCCACCGAACUUCCACGUGCCUUCAUCGAUACCGGGUACUGGUGGUCUUCCUAUGCCUCCCAACUACCAUCCUCCAGUUGUACCAUCGACAUCAACUUUACCUAUGCCACCAAAUUACGUCGCGUCGGCUCCAUCAGUGCCUGGCCCAACAGGACUUCCAAUGCCACCGAAUUAUGUUCCUGCUGGAAACUCAUUACAACAACAAGCACCAGUUCGUGGACCAAAUGGAUUCCCAAUGCCUCCAGGAUAUCGUCCUGCAGUGCCGGGUACGACGGUCCUCACCCCUCCAACUCAAGCACCUUCCGGCUCGAAUGCGAUUAUUACGGCAGAAGCUCCUGUCAAGCUAGAUAUUCCAUCAAACAAUCGCAUUUUCGUUGACGGUAAAGCACACGAAGUGGAGUAUGUGAAUGACAUAGCUGUCAUAGAGCGAAAUGGACUACCACAUAAGAUUUUCUUCGCCGGAACUCCACGUAAUGUGAUAAUAGAUGGUGUUCCUCACUUGUUACAUUUCGGUGAAUCGAAAGCAGUAAUCAUUGACGGAAAAGAACAUAUUCUUCGAUUCGGAGCACCAAGUCGGGAACUCUAUCUGAAUAACUUUUCAUUUAGAGGGCAAUUUGGAGGUGCACCUAUAGUGGCAACAAUAGACGGCCGUCGACAUGAGAUUCGAUUAGCUGGCCCUGCUCCUGAUGUGAAGAUCAACCCGGAUCCAGCGUAUGAGUUGACAGCGGAGUUGAAUCGCAUUCGAGCAAAUAAGAGCGAAAACAAGCCAGAGCCAUCUUUGGAUCCCUUCAAUUUGUUGAAGAAACUUCAACAAAGCGGAUUUUUGAAAAAACCGGAGCCUGCACCUGCUCCUGCUCCGAAUCCGUCUACACGAGACAGGCUCAGGCAUACUGCCACAAUGUUACGCGACACCACGCCACCUAUUCCCAGUGAACACAGUAUAAGUGUAGUGGAACGACGGUCCGUUCCCUCAGCUCCACUGAAGGAGUUCAAUAUGCGAACGCUCAAAAUACGUUAUGAAAGUGUUGUCGAUGCUCUUCACGAGAAACAGCAGAACGCAUGCCCUCAUUGUGGUCAACGUAUGGAGCUGAAAGGAGAGCGUUAUGAACGACACCUUGACUGGCACGUGAAAAGGAAUCUGAAAACUUUUGAAAAGGCGAGCACCAGCCGGCCGUGGUACGCUAGCAGCAAGGAUUGGCUGAAGAGUGAGGAAGAGGAGGAAACGGGCAUCAGUGUAACAAGUGGCAGUGCUGAAACAAUAGAAGAAUCCGUACCUAUAUUAACAGUAUCUGCUCGGGAGGCUGUAAAUAAGAAUUGUGCUGUAUGUUGUGAAGAAUUUGAAGAAUAUUGUGAUGAAGAUGAUGAUGGGGUAUGGAAACUGAAAGAUUGUGUUAUAGUAAAUAAUCAGGCGUAUCAUUCGGCGUGUGUUCAAGAUGCGUCGGUGUUAGAAGGCGUAGCAUCGCAAGAAGCAAUGGAUACAUGUGAUACAAAAAGUGUUGUACAGGAUAACAAGCUGUUAAAUCUGUUGAAAACUACGUAG